UUGAUUUCAACGAGAAAAAGCGAGAAUUGUAUUAGAAGCUUGGUAAAAUGGCGGAAUACCUUGCUUCGAUUUUCGGCACAGAAAAAGACAAAGUAAACUGCUCGUUUUACUUCAAGAUAGGCGCAUGCAAGCACGGCGAAAGGUGUUCCAGGUUACACAACAAGCCAACCUUCAGUCAGGGAGUGCACUAGAGGGGGCUUCUGCAAUUUCAUGCAUUUGAAACCAAUCUCCAGGGAGUUGAGACGGAAACUGUAUGGGAGGCGGCGGCGUAGAAACAGAGAGGUGGAGAAGAUUUGUUCAGCAAAGUCUCUUCCUUUUGACCAGUCCUCCCGUUCAAGGUCGCGCUCACCUGGGGGUCGUGGGGACAGGCGCAGUCGUAGUCGAGAUCGUGACAGACACAGAGAUAGAAGUAGGAGUGGAAGUCGUGGGCGGGACCGACGUAGAUCAAGAGAAAGAUCAGGACGUUUUUAAUAGCAGUUUUAGACUAGUUUUAGUAUAGUUGCCAUCCAACUGAAUAGACAAUGAGAACCACUGGAGUUCACUUUCAGUUGCCAGGAUCACUAACAUUGCAUUGUGAUUUGUGACUUAGCUCCACCUGCGUACUGUGUAUCUCAAUCCAUACAACUUAAAAAGACUGAUACCCAGGAGAGUAAUGCUCUCAUUAUUGCCCAAUUACCCCCCGUUUUCUUUCAUUUAUUGGGGAUGAGACACAGGAGCAGUGGUCUGGAUAGUUUAAAAUCUUUUUUUUUUUGUAAAUUGAUCUUUGAGCAAACUCAUUUAACGAUCAGAUAUAACAUUCGAUGUAUGCAGAUAUUGUUUUUUAGUUGUUCACAAUACACAACAAAGAAAAAAGAAAUAUCAGAGAAUAGUUCAUUUCAUUCUCUUCGUAAAAAUAUUAUGAAAUAUAAUGCAAGUUUGAAAGUAACAAUUUGAAGAGAAGACUUCGAAUUUGUUUUGUAUGUAGUAAGACAUUUUUUAAAGACAAAAAGUUAAUAAAUAAUUAUACUCUAA